AUGACCCAUUCAAACACCCAGAGCCCCGAAUUCGAGGAGUCCACAUCAAUCGGAAGAGACGGAGCUGCGGCAAAGUUACAGUAUCGGCGCUCGCGGUACGCUGCGAGGGCGUGCAAAGAAUGCAAACGCAGAAAGGUCAAGUGCUCAGGAGAGACACCAUGCCACCACUGCAAUCGCUCCGAGACAGAUUGCGUAUACACGAAGAAACCACCUACCCAAGCACAGCCCUCUCAAGAAAUGGACGAACUUAGAGCACAGCUCAGCAUCCUUCAACAACAGGUCAGCCUACUCGUGUCUCGAGAACCCCUGCCAACAAACGGUUCCACAACAGAAGCUCUCCCUAUAUCUGCCUUGUUAUCGCCGCCCCCUUCGCUGCUACCAGCCUCGCAUUUCCAAGGAAAUCAAUCGCCAAUGUAUCCCGAGAGUCUGGAGAGUGAUGGGACAAAGACCUCGGCGUCGUUUGAAUCAGCGGCCACGACAUCACUUCCGGCCGCCAGUGCGAUGGGCAAUGCAUGGGGAGAGUCUGCACCACCAUCGGCUAGUAGGGCGGUGACAUGUCAUCCACUUCUUUCACUCUCCCAAGCCGAGGCAAUGCGCCUGAUCGAUACCUACGACGACGAAUGCGGAUCGGUUUAUCCGUUUAUUGACAUCGAAAGCCUUCGACAUUUCGCAGCCCGGUUCUACCAUAGCGUCAGCGCUUCAAAUCAGGCUGCAAAUUGGCGGCCCUACAAGCUGGAUCAAUCCUUAAGCAGACUUUUUAGCAACUUGGAGAUGGUACUGGCGAUUGCUUUAGUGAUUGGAAGCCGUGGCUCAAAUGCUCUCGGCUCAGCCUUGAUGGACGAAUUGGAGUCCGAAAUCGAUCAUCGUCCUUCUGGUGUUGCUGCCGAUAUUCCUCUCAUGGAGAUUCUGACACUGAUGAGCCUCUACCAGUUUUAUCGAGACGAGGAGGUCCUCGCUUGGCGGACGAUUGGCCUGGCUGCAAGAAUCGCCCUCGAGAAAGGCUUUCACCUUCGAGACCCACCAUUUGCUACCUUUACGAGUGCAGAAGAUCGAGAAAGAGCAAACCGACUCUUUUGGAGCAUCUACUGCUUGGACAGACGCUGGAGUUUUGGCACGGGACUUCCAUUCGCCAUACAAGAAGAUGACAUCGACCCUGGCCUUCCAGAGCCGAACGAUUCGCGUUCAGAUAUCUUUGCAAGCAUGAUCUCCUAUUCACGGAUCGGGUACAAAAUCUUAAAGACCUCGACAAUAGGAAAAAGUGAUGAGACAGCUUUUCUCACGUACCAGGUGCUGCAGUGGUACGAUUCCCUCGAGCCGGAACUGAGAGUCGAUCGUAACGAGGAUCUCGUUCUGGAAGGCCUUUCUCCUGCGCGCAAUCGGCUCCGAAUUCUCAACUGUCUGCGAAGGAAUCAAUUACGCAUGCUCAUCCACAGGACACUCCUCUUCACACCAGCCUCAAUAACAGCGGCACCCAGCAGUGCGAGAACCGCUGUCGACCUCGCAAAGGACACCAUCAACCUGCUGGACAGGUUGCGUACAACGUCUGCGGUCUACAGCUCCCAUGCAGCCUGCUUCAACUACUUCCUGUAUUCAGCCCUGACGGUGAUCUUACUAGCCGUCUAUCAUGCCAAAGCCCAGUUCUACGAGUAUUGUCGCGAAGAGUUCCACAUGGCUCUCAAUCUUAUUGGAGGCGCAUCCGCAAAGUCCAACAUCGCCAGAAAGCUAUGGAAGAUGAUCAAACAUUUGAAGGUGAUCGGUCCUGAUACAGGUGUUCUUCCCCUUCCGUACAUGGAGGCCCCGACCCAUUCAGGUCACUCAAGAGAGGAGCGAGCUUCAAAGGAGAGGUCCGAGUCUGGCCUCGCCAGCAAUGACGUAGACUUACACACCGCCCGUCUGAUACCCAGCACAGGAGCGACGGCGGUGGCUGGAAAUUCCAUCGCCUACGAAGGGUCCGGUUUCUUCAUGGGCGAUUACGCCACUUUUAACGGAAGCAUCUUGAGUUCGGAACUCUCGGACCUUUACCAAGCUAUCGAUCCCUCAAGAUUCGGACAGAUGGCAGCAUCGCCACAACUCUUAACGGCCGAGCAACAUUGGUCCCAGCCUCCGCCGUUCCAAGCCCCUCAAAACUUUCUUCCAAGUGCCAGGUCGGUGUUCUAG